AUGACAUCCUACCUUCAGAAAGAAAGGAUCCCAGACCAGUGGAAGACCUUGCGAACCGUUCUUAUCCAUAAGAAAGGUGACCGAGAGGACCUUCGGAACUACCGUCCGAUAUGCUUGCUGAGCGUGUUAUACAAAGUAUUCAUCAAGAUCAUCCUCACGCGCAUACCUAGGAUGCUGGAUGAAGCCCAGCCUCAAGAACAAGCUGGAUUCCGCCAUUCAGCUGCUUGGACCACAUCCCGACCGUGUCGAGGAAAGGGAGUACGACAAGGCGAUACUAUAUCGCCAAUGCUGUUUAUGGCUGCAUUGCAAUGGAUAAUGAAAUCACUUUCCUGGGAAGAAAGGGGCAUACGUGUUGAUGGAAGAUUUCUUUCGAACCUUCGUUUCGCGGACGACAUCGUUCUCUUUUCGAGCAGUACCAAUGAAGCAGAAACGAUGCUCAACGAAUUGAACGAAGCAGGGAAGAGAAUAGGACUACGAAUAAACAGAAAGAAGACACAGUUCAUGAAGAACGCCUAG